AUGGACUCUGCACUCACCUCCGUCGGCCUACCCGCCGCACUCGCCAUCAUCAUGUUCGGCCUCGGGCUUUCCCUGACAGUCGGAGAUUUCGCCCGCGUGGCAAAAGCGCCGAAGGCCGUUUCGAUCGCCCUGAUCUGUCAGUUGUUGUUGCUCCCGGCCGCGGCCUUCGGAUUGGUCACGUUGUUCGACCUCGACCCACUGCUCGCGGUCGGCAUGAUGCUCCUCGCCGCAUCACCGGGCGGCACGACGGCAAACCUGUUCAGCCAUCUGUUCCGCGGCGAUGUUGCUCUCAAUGUGACACUGACAGCGGUCAAUUCGGUCUUUGCCGUCGUAUUGAUUCCUGUCGCCCUCGGAAUGUGGGUUCGGUUGCGCUCGAGCGCCUUUGCCGAGCGGAUGGACAAGCCCGUCCGCAUCGGAUCUGCGGUGGUUCUGGCACUGGUGAUCGUCGGAACGGUUAUUUCCGAGCGCGAGAACAUCGCGGACUAUCUCGUCGACAUCGGCGUCGUUGCUGCCUUGUUCUGCCUGCUGAGCCUCUCGAUCGGCCAUCGCCAGUUCCAUGGAAAUCGGCAUCACAACAGCACGUUGGCGAUCACCAUCGCCGUCAGUCUCCUCGGCAACGUGCAAUUGGCAGUGCCGGCUGCGGUGUACGGCGUUCUCAUGUUCCCGCUCGCCGCCGCCUUCGGCGCAACGAUCACCCGCAAGUCACGGACAAUGGCCGAAAUCGAC